CCCCGCCCAGUUAGCAAGGUUGCGCGUGCCCCGUGCGACCGCCAAGAUGGUUGUGGGCGCGUUCCCUAUGGCGAAGCUGUUCUACUUGGGCAUCCGGCAAGUCAGCAAGCCGCUUGCCAACCGCAUUAAGGAGGCCGCCCGCCGAAGCGAGUUCUUCAAGACCUAUAUCUGCCUUCCGCCAGCUCAGCUGUACCACUGGGUGGAGAUGCGGACCAAGAUGCGUAUCAUGGGCUUCCGAGGCACAGUUAUCAAGCCGCUGAACGAGGAGGCGGCUGCCGAGUUGGGCGCGGAGCUGCUGGGUGAGGCCACCAUCUUCGUCGUAGGCGGCGGCUGCCUAGUGCUGGAGUACUGGCGCCACCAGGCGCAGCAGCGCCGCAAGGAGGAGGAACAGCGCGCUGCCUGGGACGCGAUGCGGGACGAGGUGGGCCACCUGGCCCUGGCACUUGAGGCACUGCAAGCACAGGUGCAGGCGGCACCACAGCAGGGUGCCCUUGAAGAGCUACGCGCGCAGGUGCAGGAGGUGCGCGCCCAGCUCUGCGCCCUGGACCGGCAGCUUCCAUCCCAGGUUACAUCCGCAUCCCAGGCAAUGUCUGCAUCAUUCAAGAAAUAGGAGACUGCUGAAGCCUGAACUUGGAUAGGGUGGUCUGUGCCAGAUGUGGCCUUCCCCCAGUAUCACCCCUUCCUGUGCUGGCCCAGCAGAAACCACGAGGAUCAUUCAGUUACCCUCUACUAGUAGAUCAGGGGUACUGCCACUGGAACUGGAUGGCUCCCUCCAUCAGCCCCAUCCCCACCCCAAACCAGGAAGACCUGCAAGGUCUGAGCCAGCAGGACAUCAGAGGUACUCUUGAAGAAGAAAAAGUGGAACCUGGACUUGAGCCAAAUAUUUGUCAUUAUUCUAGCAACUCCCCUCCCCCUCCCCCUCCCCACCUUUUUUGUUACCUUUACUUGAUUUGUGUUACCUUUCUCUGGAAUACUCAUCCCUUGCACUGGUGCACCCCCUUUCUUUCUGGAACACCCCCUUCCUCUUAUCAAUUGAUGCAGAGCAUUGUGAGGAAAUGCAAUAUCUUUCAAAGACCUUUUCUUCCUCUCACCUUCUAAAGGUCAGCUCUAGCUAGGCAUCACUACUCUCUUUAGAGGGGAAAAUGAAAGAUCCUGGCCUGCGGUUGAUCCAUUGGAUCAUUAUAUCUUCCCCUUUAAUAUUUUGUGGUACCUUCCUCUAAGAUCCCAAGUGGAAUAUUCCAGCAGAAGCCCCUCAUCCUUUAGUCUGUGGCACAACUCACUGGCAUGGCUGUGCAAAGGUCCCCAGAUCCUCUUCCAGAGUGGAUUUGAUCCCAACUAGGGCUAAGCCUACCUGUCUUUCAGUUUCAGCCCCUGUUUGCUUGUCCUCAAAUUCCCUGGGUCUUGCACUAUGUGGUAUGUCCUUUCCUACCUUCCCUGCCAUCUUUAGCGGCCUUUCUCAGGGACCUGCUGGCCAGUGGAUUAGAUUGUCACAUCCUCUAUCUUCUAUUCUAGUCACUUGAGCUGUGUGCUCUUGCUUUCUUCCCCUUGGGGCUCAUGGUCUGUUCCAAGAGCCUCCUUCAUGUACCCUUCAUGUAGUGAUGGGUACGUACCUUCAUAGCCCCAAGUCCCACCUCCAUCCCACUGGACUGGACCACCAGUUGGUCCUGACUCCAUUCCUGGGGCCACCAUAACAAAUUAUCGUAAACUUGAUGCUUGAAAACAACAGAAUUUAUUCUCACAGUUCUGGAGCCCUGCAGUCUGCAAAGUGUGAGCAGGGCCAUACUCCUGUCAGCUUCUGGUGACUCUAGGCCUUCCUUGGCUCUGCCUCCAUCUUCAACUGGGCUUCUUCAUCUCUUUUAUUCCUUAUAGGGACACCUUUCAUUGAAUUUAGGGCCCAUCCUGAAUCCAGGAUGAUCUCACUUCAAGAUCCUUAAUUAUAUCUACAAAAACACUUUUUCCAAAUAAGCUCACCUUCACAGGUUCUGGGGUUAGGAUGUAGACAUACCUUUGGAGGACAUAUCUCCCCACCCUCAAGGGUAUGCUGGGCCUCCUGCCAACCCUGUGGGUCAUUCAGCAUCCACCACUGGGUGGAGUGGAACAGGGUUCAUCACAGAAGUGGGGAGGGGUAUGGGUCCCACCGGUCUGUGUCCUGUGCUUUAGACUGAAGCUGUUUCCUAAUUAAAGGAGCCCCAGGGAGAGGAUAGUACCUUGAAGAUGUACCUGAGGACAUAAUGUGGAUUUCCAAAAUGGGUACGAAGCUUAUAAAACAAGGACAGAAACUGGGAGGGUUCUGGUGAGGAGGGGGCCAAGAGUCAUCCUAUGAGCUGGGAAAACUGAUGCAAAGGCACUUGCCUGAGUUGCCACAGCCAGUGAGGGGUCUGUGUAUUCAUUAAAUAGGCAUAUUCAUUCCAUGGAGCCAUAGGUGAAGAUGGGAGGAGGAAGAGGUUUCUCCUCUAACCUCACUUCAUAGGGGGAAAAAUUGCCUGAAAACCGAUCUACCCAAAAAGAAGAUCAAGAAUGUAUUCUAAAACAGCAUUUCAAUUCCUUCUAGAAGAGAGAAGCUGGAAUAGAGGGACCUGAGAAAGUAGGUCCUAAUGAGGGAAAGAAGACCAUGGGUAGAUACCACUGCAUGAAGGGGUGAUGAUAGACUGAUGGGCCAUCACCUGCAGAUAUGAGUUCAGAACCUGGUCUCCAUGGUUACCCCUUGGGAGGUCCACUGUGGCACUGAUACAUUUCUCUGGAGGCCAAGGUCUGUGACUGUGCCACUCAGCAUCGAUAAAUGACAAAUGGCAGUCAUCAUCAUAACAGAUGAAGGUGAUUGAGCUCUGAUGCACUAAAGUUGAUUGAGCUCUAAUGUUAAAUGCCAGUGCUGUUCUAACUGCUUUGCAUAAUCUCCAUCAUAUUAUUUUCUCCAUGUAUUGGUGAGGAAACUGAGGCACAGAGAGGGAAGGUCACCUGCUUUUGUUCACACAGGCAGAAGUGGGAUGUAAAGAUGGGCCAGAGCUCCUGUCCUUGACCCUGGCAAUGCCCUGACCCUGCAGGAGCACUGCUUGCACAUUCUGGAGACCUCAGACUCAGCUGUGACAUAUCCUUACAAGUGGCCAGUCCUUGUCAUCAGCUUCACCCACUCUGGUGGGGUAGGCAGGGGUCAGUCAGGUUGUGGGGAAAUGGAAAGAACUCCUCUCAAAGUGUAUGAGUCUAGCGGAUGAUUCAUCACUUGGGUUUCCUGCUGGCUCAAAUUUUGUAUACUUUGCGGUUUGAGGAGAGGGGUUAGAAUAAAUUUGUGAAUGAACCUA